CAGACCAGAAGCAGAGCCCUAGAGGUGAGCCUGGGCAGCAGAGAACUUGGCCUUGACUGUGGCGCCCUGGCCGGUUACCAUGGCAACUGAAUUCACCAUGAAGGCCCCCAUGUGUCUGGUCGAAAAUCGGAAAGAGCAAAUGAUAGUGAAUCCCAAAGCAUUGGAGAUUCUUAACCAGAUAUCUCAACCUGUAGUAGUAGUGGCCAUCGUGGGAUUGUAUCGUACAGGAAAAUCCUACCUCAUGAAUCGCCUUGCUGGACAGAAACAUGGCUUCCCUCUGGGCUCCACGGUGGAAUCUGAAACCAAGGGCAUCUGGAUGUGGUGCGUGCCCCACCCCUCCAAGCCAAACCACACCCUGGUCCUCCUGGACACUGAGGGCCUGGGCGAUGUGGAAAAGGGAGACCCUAAGAAUGACUCCUGGAUCUUUGCCCUGGCCGUGCUUCUGAGCAGCACCUUGGUCUACAACAGCCUGGGCACCAUCAACCACCAGGCUCUGGAGCAGCUGCACUUUGUUACUGAACUCACAGAGUUAAUCAGGGCAAGAUCUUCUCCCCCAUCUGAUGAGGUAGAGGACUCCGCAGAGUUUGUGAGUUUCUUUCCGGACUUUGUUUGGGCUGUACGGGAUUUCACCCUGGAACUGAACGUGAAAGGACAGCCCAUCACAGAAGACGAGUACCUUGAGAAUGCCUUGAAGCUGAUUCCAGAAACGAAUGCCAGAAUCCAAAAUUCUAACAAGCCUAGAAAAUGUAUCAGGUAUUUCUUUCCAGAACGGAAGUGCUUUGUCUUUGAAUGGCCCACAAAUGAUAAAAAUCUCUUAGUCCAUAUGGACAAAGUGCCAGAAGACAAACUAGAAUUGAAUUUCAAGGUGCAGUCAGAAAAAUUCUGCUCCUAUAUCUUCACACAUGGGAAGACCAAGACCCUGAGACAGGGAAUCAUUGUCACUGGAAAUCGGCUGGGCAGUCUGGUGCAGAUGUACGUAGACGCCAUCAACAGCGGCGCCGUCCCUUGCUUGGAGAACGCAGUGACAACUCUGGCCCAGCGUGAGAAUGCUGCAGCCGUGCGGAAGGCAGCCGAGCUCUACAGCAGGCAGAUGGCCCAGCGACUGGUGCUCCCCACAGCCACGCUCCAGGAGCUGCUGGACCUGCACGCAGCCUGGGAGAGGGAAGCCGUUGCAGUCUUCAUGGCGCACUCCUUCAAGGACGACAAUGGGGAAUUCCAGAAGAACCUUUUGGAAACCACAGAGCAGAAAAAGAAAGAGUUCCUGCUGCAGAAUGAAGAGGCCUCUGUCAAAUACUGCCAGGCUGAGCUUAAACGGCUCUCAGAGUUCCUGAUGGAAAGUAUUUCAAGAGGAGUUUUCUUUGCGCCUGGAGGCCACAAUCUCUACUUAGAAGCAAGAAAGAAGGUUGAAGAGGAGUAUGAACUGGUGCCCAGGAAGGGAGUGAAGGCAACCGAGGUGCUCCAGAUCUUCCUGCAGUCUCAGGCAGCAGCAGAGAACUCCAUCCUGCAGGCAGACAAAGCUCUCACUGAUGGAGAGAAGGCCUUAGCAGCUGAGGAGGCCAAGAGGGAGGCAGCUGAGAAAGAACGGGAAGUGCUAAGACAGAGGGAGCAGGAGAUGCAGCAAAAGAUGGAGGCUCAAGAGAGAAGCUUCCAGGAGAACAUCGCUCAACUGAAGGAGAAGAUGGAGCGGGAAAAGGAGGACCUCCUCAGAGAGAAGGAGAGGAAGCUGAAGCACAAGCAGAAGGCUCAAAAAGACAUGCUUACAGAAGGAUUUAAAAAGGAAGCUGAUAUGCUAAAUAAAGAGAUCAACCGGCUAACAGAAGAGAUUAAAGCAAUUAAAAAUCAAGAACAAGGGCAGUAUUCAGCGCUUCUUUUAACCGCGGGUGCUUUGUUUGGUACUGUAAUGAAUACGCUGCCAAAUGCAGAUAUUUUAAGGCCAUUAAGAGUGACUCUAAGAAAGGUAUAG